GAGAGAAAGACACCAAGAAUGGUGGCAGGAGAGAAAGAACACGCUGCCGUAGAGGAACUUUUGAGGCGUUUUGAAAUACCAGAUAUACAGGGGUAUGUACAGACCAAGACUUUGGAGCACCUUGCUGAACUAUUAGAUCCUGAUGAAUAUACCAUUAUUAACCAGACCAACCUGAGCACGAAUUUCCCUCGCGUCUUUCAAUUCCAAAAAGUUCAAGAACUGAAAGAUUGGACCACCAAGAACAAUUGUACAAAUAUUAGAGACUUAAAGGUCGGACUGCAGACUGCAAACAUUCCAAAACUUUCCAGAGCGGCAGGGGACUAUUAUGCUAGGGUGGUGACGGAAAUUUUAAACAUGACUCUAAAUGAAUUUGAAGCCCUUUGUAGAACCCUGGUCACUGCUAGGCACAUGCACACAUCGCGUUCAACAAUCACAAACCAACAAGGUGCUAGUUUGUCUUUGGCCCAAUGCCUCUACGACCUGUUCAUUGCGUACAGCGGCGAGGAUGAAGCCACGAUAGAGCAAGUUCUUCACCAGCUAAAAGAACUGGGUGUUAAGGUGUGGUACGCCAAAGAAGACCUCGUUCCUGGAACACAAGUGAUUACAUCCAUUAGUAAGGCGGUCAUUGCAUCUAAGCAUACCUUAGCGUUUCUGUCCAAGAGCUUUGUCCAGAGUCAGUGGUGUCAACUAGAGCUGCAGUAUGCCAUGCAAGAAGCUGUAAAGUCGAAAAGAGAUGUCCUCAUUCCGGUUGUGAUGAACAUGUCACCUGAGGAAAUUCCUACCGAAAUAGGAGGCUUAAAAUACAUUCUUUUCGAUGACGAAGAAUUAAUCCCAAAGGUUUUACAAGUCAUUAAAGGACCACAAGACACACCCACAUUUGGUCAACUUCGAGGCGAGAACGAGCUUUUGCGAGAUGAGGUCCGACUGCUGACAUCUAAACUUCGUCUCCAGAGCCAAUGAGUGGAUCUCGCUCCGUCGUCACUUAUUCAGCGCCAUUAAUGAGCAUACACAAGACGCAAACUCGACAAACAUCAUAGGAUUGUCUCAGUGUGUUAGGCCUUAUAAAUUGAUUGUUGACUUAAAUACUUACUUAAUUCAAUAAUCAUCCUAUGGCCCUGCUCGAGAUGUGUAUUUUUAUUUCUAUUUAUUUAUUUUGUGAUUGUUUGGAAUGAGAUCUCGUUGCAUAGUGAUCUUAAUAAAAUGUGAGCAGAUAUUUUAGAUUACAACAGCCAUAUAUGUACUUCCAUGCAGAUAUUAUUCCUUCUGACUUGCUUCGUGUAUAUAGCCACUCAUGGUUUUGAGUAUACAUGUACACCACCAAUAUAAUUAUGCUGUAAGUCAUGUAUGGCUUAAUUCCUUAAUAUCAACUUGAAUUCCGUGUGCUACUUGUAAUCCUCCUGGCCAAAUUACGUAUUUUAAUUAUAUGCACUAUGAUCAAAACUUUUAUUUCCUAAUGACACAUGAUAAUCAAACUUAAACUUUUUGUACAUUGUACAUGUAUGUAACCACUGGAAGAUUAGGCUAAGUGUUCUGCCGUUUUUUACCCUCGGGAAAAGUUGUAUUUGGAAAAAUAAUUUGGAAAAAUUAACUGCUUUUGCUUUCCAUACUUACUUUAUUUAAUCAUUGUUGUUUGUUUUGU